GAAUCGGUGGAAUUGAACUGCCAGAAUAAACGUCAAGUGAUAAUCAGCUGGUGUUCGAUUCGAAGAAUUUCGUAACAGAGCAAUUGUUUUGAGCACAUAAAUACGAAAGUUAGAAAAUUAUUGUUGAGAAUAGUGCAAUGGCUUCAAAAAUUGUGGCGACCGCCACUGUGAGAGCGAUGAAAGGUCGUAGACCUAUCCGUGCGGCACUGACUCUAACCCCGGCUGCCGUUACACGAGUAAAACAACUGUUGGAAGGAAAACCCGAAUAUAUUGGACUGAAAGUCGGAGUGCGUCAAAGAGGAUGCAAUGGGUUAUCCUAUACGCUAGACUACGCUACUAGCAAAGAAAAAAUGGACGAAGAAGUUGUACAGGACGGCGUCAAAGUGUUGAUUGAUAAGAAGGCUCAACUAUCAUUGUUAGGAACAGAAAUGGACUUCAUAGAGGAUAAGCUGUCGGCGGAGUUUGUUUUUAAUAAUCCCAACAUCAAAGGAACAUGCGGAUGUGGCGAAUCGUUUAGUAUCUAAAAUUUAGAGCGUGAUUUGAAAUAUCCAAAAUCUAAAUAAACGGGCUGCUCAUUUAUUGUGCUUCAUUUCGUGGUUCGAAGCAAGAGUCGACGAUGCUUAUAGCAAACAUAGUUUAUAUGUAUUUAUUUCUAUGUAAUAGUUUACCAAAAAUAAGAAAAGUACAAGCAAAGUGUGAAAUGUAGAUACAAUACGUUUAAUUUA